AUGUCGCUGGCCAACCCGGAAGAUGCCGCUUCUGUCCUGGAACAAUUCACCCAUGAUAUUGCCAACAUCCCAGCUGAGAUCACACAUUUGAUGGAAGAGAUCCACGCCAAGGACUUAACAAUAGCCGCUUUCAGAGAUGAGAUCAAUAAGAGAGACAAUCAGCUGCAGAAGUGGGUGCGACUCAAUGGGGGCCAUGUGCAAAACCCCAAGGAGGAACCGUUCUCAAAGACCAUCAACGACUACUACGACAAAUGCGAAAUUCUCCAGGCCGAGAAAUGCGGACUCUCCGAGAAGGCUAUGAUCGUGCUGGACAGACAGAUCAAGCGUCUCGAUGUUGGUCUACGAGGUCUCGCGCAGACUGAGCAGUUUCCCUCUGACUGGCCUGGCCCCAGUCUACUUACCGGAAGCGGUACGACGACAGGUGUGAAUACGCCUGCGGCUGUGACAUCUCAAGCGACCCCCUUGCAAGUUGUCAGUGGCAACAUUGGCAGCACUGGUGGCGCUCCAAACAUCGCCAACGCUGCGCAGAUGCGUCUCGCACAGAAUGCCGCUGGAGGUGGCGCACGUGCCGUUGCAAGCGCUCAAACUCCGGUGACCCUCCCUCGUGGCCAGCGUGAAGGCAGCAGUGAAGCGAACAAGCGUAGGAAGCUGAACGCAUCACUGGGUAACCUUCCAACAGCCUCAAGCGGUCUAAGGCAAUCAUCUCUCGGGCCAGGUACUCCCAAAGCCGGCACACCAGGACCCGGUCUCGCGGCUUCAUCUCGAGCUGGCUCUGCACAACCAGCCGUUCCAGCAGGCAACAAGAAAGCUCAGCCUGCGCCCAGUAAGAGAGCACCUCCACAAGCCAGGAAAAGGACACGUCCUUCGGGCGCUACGAAGAAGAGCGAUCGCCGCCGUCAACUCGCGCGUGAUCGCGCCACUCCCAGCACCAACGCUUCCGUUUCUGACUCUGAUGACGAAUCUGCGUCGCCAACGCCAUCGUCAAUUAUACGGAGCCAGAACGACGGCUCGGGAGAGGCACUUCUGGAAGAGGAAGAUGACGAAACCAUUUACUGUUAUUGCAAGAAGGUUUCCUUCGGCGAUAUGGUCGGCUGUGAUAACGAUAAUUGCCCUUACCAGUGGUUCCACUACAAGUGUGUUGGAGUUAGUGAAGAGCCCACAGGAGAGUGGCUGUGUCCUACAUGUCGAGUCCUACCGCGGAACAAACUGAAGAUUGAGAAGAAUUGA